AUGGCUAACUACUACAAAGUGCUGGGGGUGCAGGCUAGUGCCUCCCCGGAGGACAUCAAGAAGGCCUACCGCAAGCUGGCCUUGUGCUGGCACCCCGACAAGAACCCUGACAACAAGGAGGAGGCCGAGAAGAAGUUCAAGCAGGUGUCCGAGGCCUACGAGGUCCUGUCCGACUCCAAGAAGCGCUUGGUGUACGACCGCGCAGGCUGCGACAACUGGCAGGCCGGCACCCCCUACAGCAGCCCCUUCGACAGCGGCUACACCUUCCGCAACCCCAAUGACAUCUUCCGCGAGUUCUUCGGAGGCCUGGACCCCUUCUCCUUCGACUUCUGGGACACCCCGUUCGGCAGCGAGUGCGCGGGCUGGGGCCACGGGCUGCGCGGCUCCCGCUCGGCCGGCUUCGGCGAGCUCCCGGCCUUCGUGGAGGCUUUCUCAGCCUUCGACCCCCGGGGCCGCAGCGGGGGCAGCGCCAGCCGUGCCACCUUCUCGUCUAAAUCCUUUGCCAGCUCUGGCUCGGGCAGCUUGGGCUUCAGGUCGGUGACGUCGUCCACCGAGAUGGUCAACGGACACAAGAUCAGCACCAAGCGCAUCGUGGAGAACGGGCGGGAGCGCGUGGAGGUGGAGGAGGACGGGCGGCUCAAGUCGGUGACCGUCGAUGGCAAGGAGCAGCUCAACCGGGUGGACAACAAGUAG